UUGUUUGUUUCGAUAUGAUGUUGCUUCAGGAAAGCGUUCACUGCGCAACCACCACACCCCUUCUAAAGAACAAUGAGGGCCUUGCUUGCCGUUGUCCCAUGAGGAUUGCGACGAAGUGGAGUCGCACCGCUUGUAUUGUUUUGGCCUGACAGUGGUGAUCCUCUGUGGAGCAGCACCCGGUAUCUGGAGCACAUCGAUGCAGGAUCGCACAGUGCGGCAGGAACUUCUGCAACGCCAUGGGAGAACACGAUAGCAGUAUUGGCUGCACGAUUGCCCAGUUGUUACUGCACCAACGACAUCGACCGACAGGAUACCGUCUUUGUGCUCAUUUAUGUUACAAGAUCGCAUAGCAUGAGACCUAUGGAACGGGUUGACACCAGACACCCCGAGGUACUUUGUUCUGUCUUUGCCAGUACCGAGCGUUCAGAUUCUGCAGCGAAGUGAUCCAAUGUGGAGGCCACCGCUGCAGCGAUGUACAGGUUUACCCUGCUGUGGCUUUUGUGGAUUUCCAUCGCCUCGUCGUCUCCACAACAUCCGGACCAUCCAAGCGGAGAUGUCUACGCGCGAAAUCCGAGAGACUCCAACUUCUAUCUCGACCGUGUCCUGCUGACUGAUAUGAUUACUCAAGUACGCUUUAUGGAUAUGGAUCCCUAUAAGCUGCCGUCGUUCGAGACGCGUUUUCAAGACAAGGUGUUGGGGGUGCCAUUGAAAGGUACGGCAAAGUUCGGCAAUGGAACUAUGAAAGGACUGUCAAGGGUGAAUCGGUUUGGAGACUGCACCGCGCCUGGUUGGCUGCAUGGAAACAUCACUGUCACGUGCAAUCUGCUGAUCAACGACCUGGAUAUUGAGUAUGACGCCAGAGUGCGGUAUGGCUUCAUCCCCGAAAUGAGAGUGAAAGUGGAAUCUAAAGUCGGCGCCUGCUAUGCUCACAUAGAAGCAACAGCUGCGCCUGGGAAGACGGCAGUUCUUCGCUCCUUCCAGAUCACGUCCUUAGGAGAGCUCAGCACCAAGUGGUCCGGCCUAGGACCGCUUAACCCUUACCUGCGUGUCAUUAACGAUGGCUACAAGGCAAAUAUUGCCGGCGCCGUUUACAGUACCUUCUACAACAGUUACAGAGCGGCUCUGGACAGGUCACUUUCUAUGGAGCCUAUUCCAAAGCCGUAGUGCAUACCGCGACAAUUGUUGCCGACGCUGCGUAUUCGUGCUGUAUCAUUGAUAAAGGUGAAAUAUGCUUUUAUCUUUCAUGUCAGAAGCGACGAUGAACCACGUGAGUAAAGUCUACAUUGUUCA